AACCAACAGCCAUGUGGUCAUUGGACGAACCCCUGGACCUGAAGCUUCCAUCAGGGCGGACAGAUGGCCCAGUGAGAUUAGGAAAGAGGGCUUUUUAUUCCUCUAUCUGUGCCCCGCUCAGGGCCACACGACCACGCCUGCUAUGCACAACCUUUCCUUCACCACCAUCCUCCCCAGAUUCUCAGGCUUCCUGUCAAGAACGACCAGGGUCCUGCUUCACUCCACCGGCCAUGGACCUGAGCCUUUCACCAUCUUCCCGCCACACCUCCUCCCCAUCCCCCUCCUCCCCUUCCUCGCCCCUAGGGUAUCCUCACAACAGCAGCAGCCCUCAGCCACAUCGCUUCUAUCAAGAAGCAACUCACCAUCGAGGUGUGGAGGGUGGAACUUCACCACAGUGUUAUCCAUUUUAUCUGCCAAUUGGAAAUCUACAGAGGGGCCACAGCUUUCCCUCCCCCAUGUUUACUGGUCCGAACACAGAGAAGCAGGUUUCACCAGAGCUCUCACCACAUGGUCAGCUGGCCUGCCGUUGGAUGAAGUGCCACCUGCUGUUCGACUCACUGCAGGACUUGGUGGAUCACAUCAAUGACUUCCAUGUCAAGCCUGAAAAGGAUUCUGGUUACUGCUGUCAGUGGGAGGGCUGUGCACGAAAUGGCAGGGGCUUCAAUGCCAGGUAUAAAAUGCUGAUUCACAUCCGCACACACACCAAUGAGAAGCCACACCAUUGUCCCACCUGUAACAAGAGCUUCUCACGUCUGGAAAACCUGAAGAUACACACCCGCUCACACACAGGUGAGUGAGGCUUGUGGUGAUAUUGUGCACAGCAGACAUUACAACAGUUUAUAUCUUAUGUCCAAACUGUAGGAUGUGUAGGAUACGAUAUGUUUAGCUGGAACCUGGGAGGCCAGAAAAUAAAGUUAAAAAAAAAAAAAAACUUUCUUCUGCAGCUACUGUCCAUGAUCACUCUCUCCAGCAUUUUCUGCUAGAAAUGGGUUCAUUUGUGUUCUGUUAACGUUUUAAUCUCCCAGAGUAUCAGUGAGAUUCAAAACAUUUAAUAUAAUAUUUACAACUUUCAUCACAGAAACAACGUACAUGAAACUUAUAAAUCAAAGUCUAGGACAGAUGGUUUUAGCACUAACCAAGUAUAAGUUUAUUUCUCAACUUGUAAUUGGUUUUGCUUGCUUAGUGUGUAUUUAUGUGUAAUUUCUUGGUGUUUGUAGGACUGUGUUAUGAACCACAAUGUUCAUAGCUGCAAAUCAAAUUUACUAUCACAUGUUAUAUAAAAAUUGUGGUCCUGUGAGAGAUGAAAAAAGACAAGUCAAAAUGGUAGCAUCUGAGGCUGAGAUGUCCUGACUUCAGCCCCACGUAUUGGUCAGGCUCUAAACUCACUGGAUGCUAUAUGCUUUCCCAUAAUGCAACACUAAGUGGUUUGUCAUCAGACAGAUAAAUAUCUUUCAGCCUGUAAGCUCCACUCCAACAAAUCCAGCCUACUGUAACUCUGAUGACAUCACUGUGGCAUCAUCAGAGUCUUCGUGAACAGUAAAGUGAUUGUAAUGGGUGAAGUCGGUUUGACUGUCCCUUUAGAUGUCACCUGUCAUCAUUAUACCAGUGCGCAAAUGAUUUAGUGGUCACUUUUCAUUUGCUGACAGGGAGUUUUGUUUGAUUAACAAGUCACACAGUGUCACUGUGGUGUGAACCUGGAGGGAGAAAAAUCCAGCUCUUUUGCAGAGAAUGCAGAAAUUGUGUUUUGCUGCCAAGGAAACUUGAGUGUUCCCUAUCUUCACUGCUGCUUGAGGGUUUUAUAGCAACAUAUCCUGUUCUGCUUACUGUCAGUCAUCUGACGCCUGCAUGGACAGAUGCAGACAAUCCCUCGAAAAUGUGACUUCUUGCCCAUUCUGUUUCAGUAUGUAUUUACUAACUGCAGUAGGUCAGCAGUAAGGCUGGACCUGAAUAUCUGAGUAUUCAAAUAUUCGUUCAUUGGGCAGGUAAUUGGUUUUCAAUUUUAGUAUUGGAAUAAAGGUAUUUUUGUCCUCCCCACCUACAUACC